GUCAUCCUCGAUCAACUUAUUUAUUAUCUUGGAGCCGGCCCCUCGCUUGCUCGCUACGUCCCCAAGCCAGCUUCCGCGCGUCGGUACUAGGAGCUAACUGCCUAUAGGCAGCCGGCUACACCAUGGCGUGCUGUGAUGAUACAGAAGAAACCAAGGAGGGUCUGGUGAUCCACCGGAAGUGCAGAGACGUUCUUUGUCUUAUGCUUUUUAUCGCGUUCUGGGCAGGGAUGUUUAUCAUCUGCGGAGUAGCAUUCAGCCAAGGCGAGCCUAACCGCCUAGUCUAUGGCGUAGACUCCUGGGGCAUGACGUGUGGGACGAAGAAUACGCUCUUCAACCUUACAUUUGACCUGACGGAGGCGCGGAAUCUGUACUACUUCAACCCAACGCAGCUGCUCAGCGGCGUCACUGGCCUCCUGUAUGCCAAGACGGUGUGCGCCAACUCGUGCCCGACGGGGCCCUCGGUGUGCUCGGCGACCCAGUUGCCGUGCAGCAGCGACUCGCAGUUCACCUGCCCCUACUACCGGUACGCGGAGGACGGGCUGUACGGCCGCAUCCCAGGCGUGGGCAUUGCGGACACUACCUACUGGGCCGCGCUGGCGCAGGUGACCAACAUCACCGACCCAGACAUCGCCUCCGUGCUCUCGAAGCUGAAGAGCCUGGGCGGCGUGUUCGCGGCCCAGGUCACCAAGCUGGAGGCCAACAUGAGCGGCGAGUACUACCAGCUGCAGAGCCAGAUCCCCGGCAACGGGCCCUGCUAUCCCAACCUGUUCGAAACAGUGGAAUACUUUAAUCGGUGCUUCCCCAAGUUCCCGUCGAACUUGACCGCCGCGCUGGUGUCCACGGCCUCGGGCGUGGCAAAGCAGCUGUCGAACAACAGCCUGGUGCAGGACUUUGCCAACAACUGGGACAGCAGCUCGCAGAAGUGGGGGCGCUACGUGGGAGACAUCAGCAAGGGCAUCCUGGUCAUUGUGGUGGGAGGCCUGCUGGGCGGACUCGUCCUGUCGCUGAUCUGGCUGGUGGUCCUGCGUUUCCUGGGCGGCUUCAUGGUGUGGAUCGCCAUCGUCUUCGUGAACCUGUGCGCCAUUGCCGCCUGCCUGUUCACCUGGGUCAAGGCCGGGUACAUCGGCGACCAGCAAGUCGCAAAGACCAUCCUGGACGCGAUUCCAGUUGAGAUCAACCCAGCGCAGAGCGAAGAGAAGACUUGGUUCUGGAUCGCCAUCGGCACCAGCAUCUUUGCUGGCGUCACUCUGCUGGUCACACUGCUGUGCAUCUCCCGCAUCAAGAUUGCGGUGGCGUGCGUCAAGGUUGCCAGCCAGGCGGUGGGCUCCAUGCCCACCAUCAUCUUCUUCCCGCUGCUGCCCUUCAUUUUCGAGGUGGGCCUGGUCAUCUACUGGGUGGCCGUCACCGCGCUGCUCUACAGCGCCGGCGACCUGACGGCGCACUGCCGCUCGGCGGAAGCAGGCGCCAGCGCCAGCCUGAACUUCAAGCAGUACGCCAACGUGAGUAACAUCAAGAGCACCUACGACAGCGUGACAAAUUUUGACCUCAACACCGCCGUGAGCAACGCCGUGAACAACUCCAUCAACGGCUUCCUUAACGGCACCGCUGCGGCGUCGCUCAACGGCACGCGCGAUGUGUGCUAUGCCAAUGUGUCCAGUGAUGCGCGCUCGGUGCUGUGCGGCCGCGACCCGGACUGCUACCUGAGCUACGACUGGAACAACAACCUCAAGUACGCCUUCAUCUACCACUUCUUCGGCCUGCUGUGGACCAACCAGGUGAUCAUCGGCUUCACCUACGUGACCAUCGCCGGCGCCAUCGCGCACUUCUACUGGUCGCGCGGCGACAGCGCCAACAUGCCCACCUUCCCCAUCCUGACUUCGCUCAAGAACACGGUCGUCUACCACAUGGGCUCCAUCUGCUUCGGCGCGCUCAUCAUCGCCAUCAUUCAGUUUAUCCGGGCGUUGCUGGAAUACUUGGACCGGAAAACCAAAGAGUUACAGGCGCAGAAUAAAUUCGCGGAGUGGGCCAUGUGCAUUGUCAAGUGCUGCAUGAAGUGCUUGGAGUGGAUCGUCAGGUUCAUCAACCGCAACGCCUACAUCAUGAUCGCCAUCAAGGGCAAGGGCUACUGCUGCGCCGCCAUGGACGCCAUUGCGCUGAUCGUCUCGAACAUCGGUCGCAUUGCGGUGGUCAAUAUGGUGGCCGCGGUACUCAUCUUCCUGGGCAAGGUGUCCGUGGCCAGCGCCGCCGGCGUCAUUGCCUACGCUAUGACGGAGGCCAAGUACUACAACUCCCAGGAGGAGUACCCCGAGACCUACCUGUACAGCCCCGUGCUGGUCAUCGCCAUCUCGGUCAUCUCCGCCUACGCGAUUGCGGAGAUCUUCUUCGCGGUGUACGAGAUGGCCAUUGACACCAUCAUCCUGGCCUUCUGUGAGGACUGCAGCAACGGCGGGCCCAAGUUCGCGCCGCCGCUGCUCAUGGAGGUCAUGGGCAAGACCGCCCUUCCGGAGGCGGCUGCCAAGGCGGAGAAGGCGUGAGGAAAUCCUAGCGGCAAGGCAACAGGAUCGCUAGCCCUGGCGUUGGCUGUAGCGAGUGAUACAGACACAUGUAAUAAUACGACGGUAUUAGGGCUUCGUACAUACGUGAUUUUUGGGGGGGCGCAAGCCCGUGGUGUAAGCCCCUAGGGACGUCUUCAGCUCGCAAUCGUGAUUUCGAAUGCUUCCGGGCGAAUGGAAAUGGGGGCGGUCUCAAGCGCCACACAACGCACCGGCACAACUCUGGUCAAGAAGGCGGAUUCUCAAGGUGGAUAUUGUACGGCGCACGGGCAGGACUGCCAGGGACUGCCAGCAGGGACCGAGAGGGCUGUUUGUUUGCACGCAAGUGCGCAGCUGCCAAAUUCAUCGGGGGGGAAUUCCAUGACCGUAGCCUGUGUAAGGAACAUGUCUU